AGGAGCAUCACUGAUCAUGUGACUCAGGCUCCUGAGAACAGCAAGGAGACCUGAAAGUGAAAGAGUUCAGUUGAUUCAGACUCCAUUUUGAGUGAACGCAGCAGAGAAGAAGAAGAAGAAGAAGGAAACUGCAGUCUGAGGCAGGUAAGCAGCCCUGAAAGUGAAAGAGUUCAGUCAGUUCAGACUCCAUUUUGAGUGAACGCAGCAGAGAAGAAGAAGAAGAAGGAAACUGCAGUCUGAGGCAGACUGACCUCAGAUCAGAAGAUGAGUGGUUUUGUGGAGGAAGAGGAGGACAGAGCAGAGUCUCCAGUGUCCAGCUGUCUCUCUAUGAAGAGUGACUGGUCCAAAGGACGUCCUCCAGACCUCAGUGAUGAACCUGGACCCUCAGACACAAAAGUUCAGUCCAUCAGACAGAGAGACGAGUCUCCAGUGUCCAGCUGUCUCUCUAUGAAGAGUGACUGGUCCAAAGGACGUCCUCCAGACCUCAGUGAUGAACCUGGACCCUCAGACACAAAACGCCAGAAGAUGAGCUGUUUUCUGUGUCAGGACGUCCUGAAGGAUCCAGUCUCUGCCAGCUGUGGACACUGGUUCUGCAGACAGUGUAGCAGCUCAUACUGGGACCAGUCUGGUUCACCUGCAGACUCGUCCUGUCCCCAGUGUGGACACAGAUCCAGGACAGGAUGUGGACAGCAGAAGGCCAGUCAGAGCAGCUCUGUCCAAACAGAUCCUGGUCUGCAGGAGGUGACAGAAGAACAUAAACUCAGUCUGAAGACGAGAUGUGAGCGUGUGACUGAAGGAAGUGAAACAGGAAGUGGGACCCUCCUCAACAGGAUCUACACUGAGCUCUACAUCACAGAGGGUCAGAGUGAAGACGUUGAUACCCAACAUGAGGUCAGGCAGCUUGAGACGACUUCCAAGAUGAAGACCCUCCAUGAGACUCCGAUCAGGUGCCAGGACAUCUUUAAAGCCUCACCUGAACAACAGACCAUCAGAGUCGUUCUGACCAACGGCGUCGCUGGUGUUGGAAAAACCUUCUCAGUGCAGAAGUUCACUCUGGACUGGGCGGAGGGCCUGGAAAACCAGGAUGUCAGUCUGGUGGUUCUGCUGUCGUUCAGGGAGCUGAACUUGAUCAGAGAUGAGCAGCACAGUCUUCUCACGCUGCUCCAUGUUUUCCAUCCAGCAUUACAGAAGCUCACAGCAGAGCAGCUGGCUGUCUGUAAACUUCUGUUCAUCUUUGAUGGCCUGGAUGAAAGCAGACUUUCACUGGAUUUCAAGAACAUUGAGGUUGUGUCUGAUGUCGGACAGAAGUCAUCAGUCAACGUGCUGCUGGCAAACCUCAUCGAGGGGAAUCUGCUUCCCUCGGCCCUCGUCUGGAUAACGUCCAGACCCGCAGCGGCCAAUCAGAUCCCUCCUUCACGUGUUGACAGGGUGACAGAAGUACGAGGUUUCACUGACGAGCAGAAGGAGGAGUACUUCAGGAGGAGGUUCAGUGAUGAAGAUCUGUCCAGCAGAAUCAUCUCACACAUCAAGACAUCCAGGAGCCUCCACAUCAUGUGUCAAAUCCCAGUCUUCUGCUGGAUCACGGCUACAGUUCUGGAGGACAUGUUGACUACAGACCAGAGAGGAGAGCUGCCCAAGACCCUGACUGACUUGUACUCACACUUCCUGCUGGUCCAGACAAAGAGGAAGAAGCAGAAGUAUGAUGAAGGACAUGAGACGAGCCCACAGGAGCUGAUGGAGGCUGACAGAGAGGUUCUUCUGAAGCUGGGCAGGCUGGCGUUUGAACAUCUGGAGACAGGAAACAUCAUGUUCUACCAAGAAGACCUGGAGCGAUGUGGUCUGGAUGCCAAGAAGGCCUUGGUGUACUCAGGAGUUUGUACAGAGAUCUUCAGAAGAGAGCGUGUGAUCUUCCAGAAAACAGUCUACUGCUUUGUUCAUCUGAGCAUUCAGGAGUUUCUGGCUGCAGUCUACAUGUUCCACUGUUACACCAACAGGAACACACAGGUUCUGGAGCCUUUCCUGGGGAAAAAACAUGCCGAUUCAACCCUGGAUGUCUUCUUGAUGGGAGCAAUGAUAAAAUCCCUUAAAAGUGAAAAUGGCCAUCUGGACCUGUUUGUUCGCUUCCUUCAUGGCCUUUCUCUGAAGUCCAACCAGAGACUCUUAGGAGGCCUGCUGGGUCAGACAGACAGCAGUCCAGAAGCCAUCCAGAGAGCCAUCACCAACCUGAAGGAGAAGAACACAGAUAACAUCUCUCCUGACAGAAGCAUCAACAUCUUCCACUGUCUGAUGGAGAUGAACGACCACUCAGUGCAUCAGGACAUCCAAGAGUUUCUGAAGUCAGAGAACAAACUGAAGAAGAAGCUCUCUCUGAUCCACUGCUCAGCUCUGGCCUACAUGCUGCAGAUGUCAGAGGAGGUUCUGGAUGAGUUGGACCUGAGGAAGUACAAAGCAUCAGAUAAAGGACGACUGAGACUGAUUCCAGCUGUGAGGAACUGCAGGAAGGCUGUACUGAGGUGGUGCAGUCUGUCAGAGAUCAGCUGUGCUUCUCUGGCCUCAGCUCUGAAGUCCAACCCCUCCCAUCUGAGACACCUGGACCUGAGUUACAACAACCUGCAGGACUCAGGAGUGGAGCUGCUGUCUGCUGGACUGGAGAGUCCACACUGUAGACUGGAGACUCUGGGAUUACAGAGCUGCAGGUUGUCAGAGAUCAGCUGUGCUUCUCUGGCCUCAGCUCUGAAGUCCAACCCCUCCCAUCUGAGAGAGCUGGACCUGAGUUACAACAACCUGCAGGACUCAGGAGUGGAGCUGCUGUCUGCUGGACUGGAGAGUCCACACUGUAGACUGGAGACUCUGAGACUGGACUGGUGCAGUCUGUCAGAGAUCAGCUGUGCUUCUCUGGUCUCAGCGCUGAAGUCCAACCCCUCCCAUCUGAGACACCUGGACCUGAGCCACAACAAGCUGCAGGACUCAGGAGUGAAGCUGCUGUCUGCUGGACUGGAGAGUCCACACUGUAGACUGGAGACUCUGAGACUGAGAGGCUGCAGUCUGUCAGAGAUCAGCUGUGCUCCUCUGGCCUCAGCUCUGAAGUCCAACCCCUCCCAUCUGAGAGAGCUGGACCUGAGUGACAACAAGCUGCAGGACUCAGGAGUGGAGCUGCUGUGUGCUGGACUGGAGAGUCCACACUGUAGACUGGAGACUCUGAGAUUACAGAGCUGCAGUCUGUCAGAGAUCAGCUGUGCUCCUCUGGCCUCAGCUCUAAAGUCCAACUCCUCCCAUCUGAGACUCCUGGAGCUGAGCCACAACAAGCUGCAGGACUCAGAAGUGAAGCUGCUGCAUAAACUGAAGAAGAGUCCACACUGCAGACUGGAGACUCUGAGGUGGAAGUGGAGUGUGAGUGAGCAGAAAGGUGGUGUUCAGCUGAGUCCUGAUGAUCCAGAGAGCUUGAAGCAGCAGCAGCUUAUGGGUGGAGAGGAGAACUUCAUCAGCACCGACUGACGGAGGAAUCACAGCAAGUGGAGACGACUCUCAGUUCACACCAUCUGUUAACAUCCAUCCUGGGUGAUUCGAUCUCAAGCAGAUGAGUCCGUUCACACCUGCCCAAUGCAUCCUAAUGCGUCUCCACAUGCGUCUCCGGUGACCAGUUGGGAUCAGAUUGCACUUCCUCACUCUGCAUGCAAACAAACGUCACUGGGACAAACAAACUCAGUGUUUUUUACUCAAACAUGAAAUAAUUUAACGCAGAAUUUUAACUUCUUUAAGGUAGUCUGGGGUUUGUCUCCAUGUCUUUCACUGUGGCAGCUUCUGUUGGUUGCUCUUCAUGUUGAAUGAAUAAAUAAUUUUAUUUUUGGUCACAUACAUCACGAUACAUAAUACAUUUUAACAAUUCACAUCAAAACCAUAAAAAGGAGUAGGCUGAAACACCUGGCUUAUUGUAGCCUAUCCUGAAUUUUUCUUAAUUUACCCAGAAAGUCAGCCAGGCAAACAUCUUACUAAACGUUAUUACAUACCAGCAUUCUUUUUUCUUUUUUAUGUUUACCUUUAAGUUUUAAUUAUACAUUUUCUGGUAAUUGUUAAUUAACUUACAUUUUAAAGAUUUUUUGAACUUUAACAAAGAACUGCUUGUUUUAAAUUUGUCACUAAGCUCAUUCCACAGUUUUAUGAAAUAUAUCUGCACUUAACAUUAGUUAUGGCUUUAUGGCUUUCAAAAAAAAAAAAAAAAAAAAAAAGGAAACCUCUUAAAUUACGAUGCCCAUCUUGGAAUUUAAAUAACUUUUGUAGGCAAAGAGGAAGAUUUUUGUUUAUAGCACGAAAUGAUAUUUCCAAGGUGUUCAAGUACACAAUGUCCCUAGGGUAUUUAGGGUAUUGGAUUCCAUGAAAAGCUUAAUAGUAUGUUCACAAUAUGAAGCUUUGUUAGUGAUUCUUAUUGGCCUUUUUUGAAGUUUAAAUAUUGACUCUGUAAUUGUUUUACCAACAUUUCCCCAACUUUCUGCACAAUAUGACAUGUAUGGUAACACAAGUGAUGCAUCCAAAAUAAACAAACAUUUCUUAUGUAA